CCAGUAUCGACUCCAGUAGGCUCUGGGAUUAGUGGCACUUUUCAGCAGCUCCGGUGUAUGGCUCUGACAGGAGUCAGGAUGUCUCGCUCAGAUGAGGUGCACCGGCUCACUGAAAAUGUCUACAAGACAAUCAUGGAACAGUUCAACCCCUGCCUUAGGAAUUUUAUUGCCAUGGGAAAGAACUAUGAAAAAGCUUUGGCAAGUGUAACAUUUGCAGCAAAAGGCUACUUUGAUGCUCUGGUAAAAAUGGGAGAAUUGGCCAGUGAAAGCCAAGGCUCUAAAGAACUUGGGGACGUUCUCUUUCAGAUGGCUGAAGUUCACCGGCAAAUUCAGAACCAGUUAGAAGAAAUGUUAAAAUCUUUCCACAACGAACUACUGACGCAGAUCGAACAGAAGGUGGAGUUGGACGCCAGAUACUUAAGCGCCGCACUGAAAAAGUAUCAGAUUGAGCAGAAGAAUAAAGGGGAUGCCUUGGAGAAGUGCCAGGGAGAAUUAAAAAAACUGAGGAAAAAGAGCCAGGGUAGCAAAAACCCACAGAAGUAUUCUGACAAGGAGAUGCAGUAUAUUGAAGCAAUCAGUAACAAACAAGGAGAGUUGGAAAUCUAUGUCUCAGAUGGCUACAAGACUGCACUGACAGAAGAAAGAAGAAGGUACUGCUUCCUAGUAGAGAAACAGUGCGCUGUAGCAAAGAACUCCAUCGCAUACCACACCAAGGGCAGAGACCUCCUGACCCAGAAGAUUCCUUCUUGGCAUCAAUCUAGUGCUGAUCCCAACAAGAUCCCAGAUAGAGCCCUGCAAAUCAUGCAACAGAUGACUGCAAGUAGCAAUGGUACUAUAAUAUCAGGACCUCUUUCUGGGCCUCUGACCUCCUCAAAGUCAAGUUUGUCUAUCUCAGACCCCAUACCUGGUGCCAAACCUCUACCUGUGCCUCCAGAGUUGGCACCCUUUGUAGGGAGAAUGUCUGCUCAAGAAGGCACCCCCAUAAUGAAUGGUGUUUCUGGUCCCAGUGGCACCAGUUAUGAACAUUGGGGAGAUAUGAAACCAAUCCAGUCCAAAUCUCCCUCAGCACCACACAAGCAGAUCAGUGAUUCCUAUUCAAACACCCUUCCAGCACGCAAGAGCGUGCCUCCCAAAAACAGCUAUACAGUUGCUGAAAACAAGACUCUGCCUCGCUCCAGCUCUAUGGCUGCUGGACUUGAGAGGAAUGGUAGAACAAGGGUCCAGGCCAUCUUUUCACAUGCUGCUGGUGACAAUAGUACUUUGCUGAGCUUUAAAGAUGGCGACUUCAUCACCCUACUGGUUCCUGAGGCUAGAGAUGGUUGGCACUACGGAGAGAGCGAGAAGACUAAAUUAAGAGGAUGGUUCCCUUUCUCCUACACUAGAGUAUUAGAUCGUGGGGAAACUGGUGAACGAACACAAAAUAGCUUACAACCCGGGAAGAGCAGCAGCACUGGAAAUCUGCUGGACAAGGAUGACCUGUCCAUUCCUCCUCCAGACUACAGCAUGGCUGCUCGUGGCUUCCCUCCACAACCUGUCAACACAUUCAAGCCCCGACCUUAUAGUGUUGCCGCUCCAGUCUUUUCACAGGGCUUAGAAGACUAUGGAACAGCACGUUCUACUAACAGUUUGGAAGAUGACGUUGCAAGGUUUUGAAAGGUGCCUAAAAUUAAAACCCCUUCACUGAAGUGCGACUGAAACCCACAGUGACAAAGGACAGAUCUGCUCCUCUUGUGAACUGACUCCUGCAGUCACCACACAGCAGUGGUGACAAAAUGACACUAGAUUUAUAUCGAAUUCCUUGCUUUUGCAGGGGAAUGAUGCACCACAAACGCAAGACAACGACUGGCAAAUUCAGGAGCUGGUGACUGUGGGACUAACCUGGUAUCAUGGCCAACUGCUAAAAUAUCAGGCACAGCAUUACAACCUGUGCAAAUACCCUAAUAUACAAUCUUUAUAGUGUGCUUUUGACACUCGGCUAUAGCCUGAUGGAUAUGCAGAAAAGUUUAAUUUAAUAUUUAUUUGUUUACCCUUCACUGCCAAUUAUAAACUGGCAUAGUCACUAUGAAUGUGUACAGCGAAUAUUUUAAGGCCCUUAAGAUGUAAAACACCUCUAAAUCCAUACAAUACCCCCAAACCCUCACCUUUCAGCUGCUUCAUUCAUUUGUAUGUUUUGAACCCCAUGUUAUCAGUCUGGUAAUCCCAGAUAAAACAGAUGUUACCUGUUAAAGAUUAGGGAACUCUUUUCAAAAUAUUUAAUACAUUUUAGUGCAUUUUUGCUGAAAGAAAGACAGGGAAAAGUAUGUAUAAAAUGAUAUUUUAUUGUAUAUUUCAGAUAGAUUCAGGAGGAGUUGGCUUGCAUUCUGCCCACUGGAUACAAUAUAUAAUCAGUGUGGUCAUUAGAGUAGCUAUAGUAUAAACUAUGAGAUUAUCUGGACCAAUUGUAUAAUGAUGCUUAAAGGUAAUUUAUAACCACUAAAUUGUAUGUGUUCUUAUGUGUGUGCAAGCUUUGGGCACAGAGUUAAUCUCUGCAAGGAACAAGGGGCUGGACCCUCAGAAUUAUAAAGGGUUAAUUAUGUAUGGAAUUCUGGUAAAAACUGUACAGAAAGAAAACGGGUUAAAGCCACUGGAUACAUUUUGCACAUUUUUACUGUGUAAGGUUUUUGAAAUUUUAGGAGCCAAAAAUAUAUAUAUUAGACGUCUAGAGCUCAAUUAUAUUAAAAGGGACUUUUGUUUCCCAUAGUUUCUAUAUUUUUAAUAGUUUCAUAUUAAAUACGCUUUUAUUGCAUGAAAAGUUAGUGAACUGAAGUGUAAAACAUACAUUUUAUUUUGCCACGUACAGAAUUUGGUGUUCUAUGAAAAUUUGUACUUGUGUAGAUUUGCUGACUAUAAUGUUGAUGACACUACUAUACUCUCGCUCAGAGCAAAUCAUGAGAAUCCUAGGCCAAUGACCAUUUGUUCCAAUGCUACAGGAUAAAAUAAUGCUUUGUUAGACUCAAGAUUCACUGAAUUUUCUUGAAAAAUGUAAAGUUUUGACACUUCUCCUGUUAUGAAGAACUUGGGCACCCAAUCCCUGUAGACUUAAGAGACUGUUGCACUGGACGCCACUGAUGUGCUUCAUUCUGUUCUCAAUGCUUAAACAAGUUAUAAUUAUUAAUGCAAGGUGUAUAUAUGAAAAAUAAAGUUUAUCUUAAAUAAGAA